CAAAAAUUUGCCAAGUAUUUCUUCCCCAGUGUGCUGGAGAUAAUUUGUUCUGUCAUCUACCCUGUUCUUAAUCAUACCAAAACUUUAAUCAAUACAAUAAACCAUAUAAUUUAACUCUGAUAUGCCAGAUAUGACAUUACAAAAUUGAUAACUAUUAAUUAAUCCAUAUCAUCGUCAUUGUAUGGUUGACACUUGAUUAAUGUCUUCUUCCUAUUAAUGCAAAUAAAUCAAAGAGCCUCCUUCUUCAUUAGCUUGAUCAUAACAUGGAAGAAAUUCAAACUUCAGAAAAACUACUACAAUCUCAUGAUCAUCCCUCAAGUCUAGAAAUAAAUAAUCAAAACUCGUCGCCCGCGAUUGGGACAGCAAUCCCUCUUGAUCAUAUUCAGGUAAGCGGAGAAAGUGUGAAGAAAAGAAGCCAUGUUGGAAGGAAGAAAUUUCUUGGAGUAAGGCAAAGGCCAUCAGGAAGAUGGGUAGCUGAGAUUAAGGACUCAACACAGAAGCUAAGGCUAUGGUUAGGGACUUUUGAUAGGGCAGAGGAAGCAGCCAUGGCUUAUGAUAAUGCUGCUAGGCUUUUAAGGGGAAGAAAUGCAAAGACAAACUUCACAUAUCAACAUGGUGGAAACAUGAGUAAUAUUACUCAAGAAGAAGAAAACAGGAGCUUAAUUGGAAAGAAUCCUAGACUUUAUCAGCUCCUUAAACACGCCAUCACCAAGAAUCUAGCCGCGAAAUCAUCCUCCUCGGCGCAGCUGGAUUCAUCACAGUCUCAACCAUGGAUUGAAGAAAGAGAUCAUCAUCAGUCUUUUGAUCAGUUUGGCACAUUUAUUGGAGACUCUUCUUUACUUGACAAAGAGAAGUACUCUUCCAGGCUCUCAUUACUUGGCAACUCAAAGGUUUAUUCUUCAGUUAUUGUGGCUCCUUCUUUCAGUGCUGCUGGUACUACAUUAAGAGCAGAAAGAGGAGAUGAAAAUAGUAGUAGUAAUGCUGAUCAAGAGGCUAGGGUGUUUGAUUCUUUUAUGUGUCAUUCAAAAGAAAUGCCUCAUGGUCUUAUUUGAUUUAGAGACCUAUCAAUUUGAGUUUAAUCAAGAUUUCUUGUCUUAGUGAGAUUGUAAAUGGGAGUAAUUUUGUUAUU